UAAAAUCAUUUAUUAACUUCCUGAUAACUAGCAACAGGUUAAAAAUGGGAUUGUCUAUACUUAUAUUGGUUGUUUUGCUUGUUAAUGCCGAAACCAAUGCUUUUAAUAUAAAAACAAACCAGGUUUCAAAGUUGGCCCACAAUACUUCAAGACUUGCGUCGCAAUAUUUUGGACAAAAGAUUCAUUUUCAUUCAGACCACAGCCUCUUGGUUUCUGUUCCGUACGACACCCACGGCUCCAAUGAUGUCAAGAGCGCCAGUGGUGGUUUAUCGUCGUGCCCAAUUCGAUUCAAUGUUGAGCAACAUUCACAGUGCGAUGACGUCACGCCCACGUCACCAAACCUUAGUGCACGAGAUGGAUUCGGUUUGGACUUUGAGGUUGAUCCUCGCGGGAAUGUUACCGCAUGUGCACCGUUACGCAGCCAAACGUGCAGAGGAAAUGUAUUGAAACUUGGUUACUGCUACACAGGUACCGGUCAUGGUACAGUUUGGAGUCCACUGUCUAUCGUGGAAGGAUUCAAUUCAGAUUGCCCCCAUGAUCAAGUGGAUUUAUUAUUUGUAUUGGAUGGUUCCACUUCAAUAAACGAGGCUGAUCCGAAUAAUUUCAACACCGUAAAGAAUUGGGUUAAAAAUAUUACGAAACGGUUCGAUAUUACAAGCAGUGGAUCCGCAGCCGUUGGUCUCAUUCAGUAUUCGACGUAUCUGCCGAAUUUUUCGAUUGAUAAGAUCGUCACCGAAUUUGAAAUUGGACGCUACAAAAGUUUCUCCCAAUUUUCCGUAGCAAUGGACCAAAUAAAACUUCGACUCGGAGCAACAUUUACAGCGGCAGCACUUUCUAAAGCAACCACUGUGUUCAAGAACUCAUCCCGUUUCAACGAUCCGCUCACCAAGAAAGUUCUUGUUCUCCUCACAGAUGGACAAUCGAACGAUCGGGAAGGGCUCAAUGCAAGCGCAACACAAGUUCGUAAUUUAAACAUCACCACAAUCGCCGUCGGUGUAAAAGCUGAUGUACUUCAAGAAUUACAGAUAAUUGCAAAUGGCGUCAUUGGAAACAACGACAGAGUUUACCAGCUUAGAGAUUUCUCCAACCUUGAUUCGAUUGUACAAAGUAUUUUCCAAGAGAUCGAAAAAGUUUCACUUGAAGGCAGCAGCAGUUCAACCUUCAGCGCAGGAAACGGUUUACGAUUUUCAGAAACUGGAUUUUCGAAGUCGUAUGACAAGGUUUAUAUUAGUAUCAGCAUUUACUUUUAACUAACAAGUAUUGUUUACUAACUAAUCGUUGGUGGAUUUGGUUUUGUGUUGUUAAUGAGUAUUUGAUUGAAGAUGGUCGAAUGGAAGAAGAGACAUCAAAGUUGUCAGGUUUAUUCAGAAUUGUAGAACCGUAGCGUCAAGACCCUAAAAGAGCGUUGGUAAUUUGUUUAAUACAAGUUGAGGAAUUAUGGAAUUAAGGUGCUAGCGGUAUCCUAUUUUACCCCGCAGUACUAUAUAUUUGGUUAAGCGCUCAUAUAUGGCAAAUUUAGUCGCUGUCUUAUACAGAAUCGACGUUUGAAGUCAAAACUGCGCGUUUAAUAAAAGAUAAAAUAAGGAAAAAAAUACAGGAAACAAAAUAACGUGAGUAAAAUAGAACAGCGACGUAAUGCAUCAUAUUACUUUUAUAUCAAUUGCUGUAUAACAAGCUGGUAGCAUCAAGUGUUUAUCGUAAUGACGUAUCACUGUGUGUGUGUGUAUGUGAUACAAAAAGAAGAUUUUGUGACUCUGCUUUAUUGACCAUAUCUAACCGAUAUAUAGAUAAGGAUUGGAAAAGAUAGAACAUGUUUUCGUUCCUUUUUCUCGUUGCAUUUGGUAGUAAACGAAAAAAAUAAAUAAUUAUGUAAACAUAUCCUCAUGACGCAGAAAGAGUAUUGUGAACUGUUAAAAAAAAACGAAUGAAAAAUAUAAGAUACCAUGUGUUACGUGGAUAUCAUAUUACACCACAGUAAUACAUCAACCUAAAGAGGUUGCUGUUACAGCAUGGGAAUCAAACUACAGAAAAAGAGUGGUUGGUUAGUUGAAUGGUGGCACACAAGAUAAAGGUAUAUACAAUGAAAAUUAAAACGGACGUGAUGCUACAACCUUGUUUAAUAAGUGAAUGGCUAUACAGUAGACCUUUAUCCGACCUGUAAUAUGCAUCCUAUAGGAGCAACAGUUUAUAUAAAGGUAGCAAAAGCAAUAAAUAUUAAUGUGUAUAUGGGCGACAUCUUAGUUUAACUUAAAAACAGCGAAAAUCGCAAAACAGCCAUUGAAACAAACUUAAAUUUAUUUAAACUUGUCAGAAUUAUUUUUACAAAGUUUGAACAUUACGUUAAAAUGUUUUAGCGAUCUUAAACUCUUAGUAUUAUUGUUUAAGCUACUAAGCAUAAUAAUAACAAAGACAUUAUGUUUACAUCUUCGACAAUAAUAAAAGACGUCGCGCAAUCGUAUAGACGUGCAUACAA